GGCGGUGCCAUCGCCAGGCAGUAGGAUCUGUGUGACAGUGCAGGGUACAGCUCUCGGUUGAGGGGCAGAGAGGAAAGAAUUUCUCCCGAUCCCGCCAUACUUCUACCACUAUUCCACCAUAGCCACCAUCAAAUGAAUUCAGACUGAUACCGCUUUCCACACUGUGCAGGAAAUUCGCAAGGAUCGCUACAGUCACGGAUUCUCCACUCCUCCGCCGGACUUCAUCAGGCUGCAACAUUACUGUUAGUCGAACUUUACCCUUUUAUUCAGGAUUCCUGCUUUAAAAUUUGAAUCGUUCUUUCGCUUUCAGUCACAAGUCGUUGAGAAAUCACGCGUGCUUGUAUUUUUGGCAGCGUCUCGGUCAGUUUUUGAAAUUUAGUGCGCUUUGUCCAAAAGUUUUAUUUUCAUUUCUGAUUUUUGGGAUCACUGCAAUUUUUCACGAUGAACAAGCUAUAUAUUGGAAAUCUGAAUGAAAACGUGACCGCAGAGGACUUGGUUAAAACCUUUGAAGACUACAAGAUUCCUUACUCUGGGCAGUUUCUAAUGAAAACUGGCUACGCGUUUGUUGAUUGCCCGGACGACCAAUGGGCUAUGAAAGCAAUUGAAACAUUUUCUGGUAAAGUGGAACUUCACGGCAAACGAAUUGAGGUCGAACAUUCUGUCCCUAAGAAACAAAGGACCCGAAAACUCCAGAUUAGAAACAUUCCACCCCAUUUACAAUGGGAGGUGCUUGAUGGUCUGCUGGCCCAGUAUGGAACCGUUGAGAACUGUGAACAAGUUAACACAGAGAGUGAGACUGCUGUGGUAAACGUCACUUAUGCUACUCGGGAGCAGGCCAGACAAGCCAUCCAGAAGCUGAAUGGGUACCAGUUUGAGAACAACGCUCUGCGCGUGUCCUACAUACCUGACGAGACAUCAGACACUGACUCCCAGCGCGGUCCUGACAACGGCCGUCGAGCUGGAUAUGGUCCCCGUGGAACCGCCCGCCAGGGUUCCCCAGGUGCAGGAAUCCCCUCUAAACACCAGCAUGCUGAUAUCCCGCUCCGCCUGCUUGUGCCCACCCAGUAUGUGGGUGCAAUCAUUGGAAAAGAGGGUGCCACUAUCCGCAACAUCACCAAACAGACCCAGAGCAAGAUUGAUGUGCACCGUAAGGAGAACGCUGGUGCAGCUGAGAAGCCAAUUAGCAUCCACUCCACUCCUGAAGGUUGCUCAGCAGCCUGCCGCAUGAUCCUGGACAUCAUGCACCAGGAGGCCAAAGACACCAAGACUGCUGACGAAGUGCCUCUGAAGAUCCUCGCCCACAACAACUUUGUAGGCCGUCUGAUCGGCAAAGAGGGACGCAACCUGAAGAAAGUGGAGCAAGAUACCGACACCAAGAUCACCAUCUCACCGCUGCAGGACUUGACCCUGUACAACCCUGAGAGGACCAUCACAGUGAAAGGUGCCAUUGAAGCCUGCUGUCUGGCCGAGCAGGAGAUCAUGAAGAAAGUGCGCGAGGCCUAUGAUAACGACAUUGCUGCCAUGAAUCAACAGACUCACCUCAUACCUGGAUUGAACCUUGGAGCUCUUGGCCUUUUCCCGCCAUCCUCCUCCCUGCCCCCUCCUCCUCCUGGAAACGCCGGGGUUGGUGCUCCGUAUGGCUCUUUUGGGGCCCCUGAGCAGGAAACAGUUCAUGUGUACAUCCCAGCACAAGCAGUGGGAGCCAUCAUUGGCAAGAAGGGGCAGCACAUUAAACAGCUGAGCCGCUUUGCUGGGGCGUCCAUUAAGAUUGCACCAGCUGAGACACCGGAUUCAAAAAUGCGUAUGGUUAUUGUUACUGGUCCUCCUGAGGCUCAGUUUAAGGCCCAGGGCAGGAUAUACGGCAAGCUGAAGGAGGAGAAUUUCUUCGGUCCUAAGGAAGAGGUGAAGCUGGAGACGCACAUCAAAGUAGCAGCAGCCGCCGCUGGCAGAGUUAUUGGAAAAGGUGGAAAAACGGUAAAUGAGCUACAGAACCUGACUGCAGCUGAGGUAGUGGUUCCCAGAGAACAGACCCCUGAUGAACAGGACCAGGUUAUCGUCAAAAUCAUUGGCCACUUUUACGCAAGUCAGCUGGCACAGAGGAAGAUCAGAGACAUUCUGACACAGGUUAAGCAGCAGCAGAAAGGAGGACUGGGGGGCACACCGGGGCCUAACCAACAGAACCUGUCGGUGCUGGGGCCCCACCAAGGAAUGCCUCAGGAGCCCAGGAGGAAUAGACGGCAGCCUUCUGGUUUCUGCUCGAGUAUCGGACCCGUCACUGAUGUGUGAUUUCUGUCAGACACCAAGACGCGCUCGCAAAACUUUUGUUCAGACUGCAGCCAUUUUGUGUGAUUUUCUCUUUUUGUUUUUUCUUUUUUUUUUUGAACAGCAAGCUUUAUUUGGACAUGACAUCUGGUUACGUACUGUUUCAUCAGUUUUAGAGAAAAAUGUACAAGCAAAAAAGAAAAAAGUGAACAUAACUGAAAACUAUGGAAAAUAUGGAAAAGAUGUUAAAUUUCAAAGGAAGGAUGAGUGUAAAAGAGAUGAGAGGGAGAUGGGCCAACUGUUCUUUCUUUCCAUUUUUAUUUGUUCAAAGCUUACAAACAGCAAUUUACUUUAUUUUCUCGUGUUAUGAUUUGCUGGAUAUUUGUAGUAGCUCACUAAAAUCAGUGCUCUUGAAGUGCUGUCAGAUUUACUUUAAAAUGCUACACUCAUCCCCUUCCUCUUACUUUUCACUUGGUUUCUUCCUCCAUUUCUCCUUUCACCUCUCUCCUUUCAACUCACUACCUUCAUCUGAACCUUUAUUUUUCAGGUUGUUUUCUUUCCUUGCAUUAUUUGCGAUUAUAUGAGGGAAAAAAAACAUUUUGUUUCAGUUUUGGAGUAGACCUUCACCCUCUCUUACGCUGGCCUUGUUUGUGUCCGUUUUCUCAGUUCUGUUCGGUUGUUUGAUGCUUAUUUUCAUUUUUUUUUCCCCCCCUCAAAAAUGUUUCUCUUACUUUUGAUUGGAUCAUAGUUAUAUUUUUUCUCUCUCUCUCAAUCAGGUUCCUUUUUAGAAAAGCACAGAGAUCUUAUACUGCUACUAGAUCAUUUGAAAUACUAACCAGUUACUCAUGAUGCAAGUAAUAACUGUGCCAAACAGAUUUUUUUUUUUAUGUACUCUGAUGAGGCCCAAUACAAAUUGUUCACUGUCUGUAUUGGAAGUAGUGUUAAGACUGAUACCCUGAGAGGUCUCCUCUUUGGCACUCGCUCUGUGUUAAAAGACAAAAAAAUCCUCCCGCUCUAAGCUGUCUGUGACCAGGACUCAAACUAUAAGCAAACAGUUUAAGGAAAAAAAAAAA